GGCCUGUUGUCGAGAAUGCGAGGCAAAUGUUGGAGCAGAGUAGGGCACAAGUCCACUGCAAGAACCAAACAGAAGGCGGCAAAUGAAGCCACCGCUGCAGUUCGAAAGCAGGAGCAGGAGCAGGAGCAGACGCAGCAGACGAGUUUUUUUAUUAUAGUGCAAUAAUGGCAACUUCAAUCACUUCCCUCCUUCUCUCUCUUUUGCGGCACAUGUUUUCUUCUUGGGGUUUGAAGUCUCACAGUUUUUAUAGGGUGUAAAUGCCUGAAGUCUGAACAAAUACAAGUUCUCCCAGUGGCAUAUUAGGUUUCAAGAUCAUUGUCAUCAGGGGACUGAUUGGGCUAUGUUUUAUUUGACUUUGUGUUUCAAAAUAUAGUAGGAGAAUGUCUGCGGAGACGAGCUUCGGGUAUAAGUUCAAGAAGAGAGUAAAACUUUCAAGUGAAAAGUCAAAUGGUUCCAAACGAAAAGAGGGUUUUGGAGGAACUAAAAAGGGUCGGAGCGGAAGGAGCAAUGUGGUUGAUGCUGUUCUCAAUGGACAUAAAUUCCACAAGAGGAAGGAUGGUGGAAAAAGGAAUUUGAAAUCAAGCAUCAAAGACACACCACUUCAGUUGGGUCAAGAACAAAGGAAUCAAGCAAAUAAUGAUGGGAAGAGUGGAAGUGCACAGAAAUCACUGAAAUUUAGCCAGAAAAGAAAGAGAAUCUAUGCUAAACAGGAUACAGGCAAGGAAGCGGCUAAUGGAACUGGAAAAUUAUCAAAUGUUAAACAGAGUGCAAAAGCAAAGACAGCGGCUAUAAUGAAUUCUGUUAAAUUGGAUGGUGGUGAGGAUUAUUUAUCGAAAAAAAAAGCAAAAAGUAAAUCUGAAUCAAGUAGGAAUUUCGAGCACAGUCAGGAAAAAAACCCUUCAGCAUCUUCUGUAAAGUUUGCCAAAAGAGCAACAUGGGACAAGAAAAAGUUGGAUGGGGGUUCAGAUAUAAUGGAUGAUAAGCCAAAGAAAAGGAAGCGAGUAAUUCGAAUAGAUCCACAUGAUAUCUCAAAUAAGCGGUUAGAUGAUGGCAUAGUCAAUAAUGAAAAUACAAAGGAAAAGAAGGAAGAUUUGGAUAAAAAAAUGUCAAUGAAUGCGCAGUUCCGUGCAAUACAACCUAGCCCAUCCAUUCUUUCCUUUGUGGAAGAUAAUUUAUUGGGCCGCAGGCGUUUGCUUGAGUUACGGAGGUCAGGCUAUAACAUUGAGCUUUCUGCUCCUUUAGACAAUGUUCCCUUCUCUACAAGCUCAGAAAGAGAGCGAAUAGGAGAGCCUGUGUUUAGGAAUAAAUUAGCUUUUUUUGCAGCUGCAAAAGUUUCAUCCUCAUUUCCACCUCCUGAUCUUGCAGAGAUAGCAUUUGCAGGAAGGUCAAAUGUUGGAAAGUCAUCAUUAUUAAAUGCACUUACCAGACAGUGGGGUGUUGUGCGGACAUCAGACAAGCCUGGCCAUACUCAGACUAUUAACUUCUUCAAACUUGGAUCAAAGCUUUGCUUAGUUGAUUUGCCUGGAUAUGGCUUUGCUUAUGCAAAAGAGGAAGUUAAGGAUGCUUGGGAGGAGCUUGUGAAGGAAUAUGUCUCCACAAGAGUUGGUCUAAAGCGAGUAUGCCUUCUUAUCGACACAAAAUGGGGCAUGAAACCAAGGGAUUGCGAGCUUAUUCAUUUGAUGGAAAGGUCUCGAACUAAAUAUCAGAUUGUAUUAACAAAGACAGAUAUGGUGUUCCCAGUUGACGUGGCACGCCGUGCAAUGCAAAUUGAAGAGAGCCUCAAGGCAAAUAAGUCUCUGGUUCAACCAGUGAUGAUGGUAAGCUCAAAAUCUGGGGCGGGGAUUAAGAGUUUGAGAACUGCGAUUGCAAAGAUUGCUCGGUUUGUGAAGCUCUGAAAGGAUUUACUAUUAAUACAUGCCAAUACCACAGCAUGGAUUUGAACCGUUCGAUUGAAGUCUCUGGCAAAGAGGGAGGAAAACAGUUGUAAACGAAACUGCAAUUUUGCAGCACCACACAAACCUGCAGGUGGGGAACCCGGGAAAAAGAGGAACUGACCAAAUGAACAAACUUUUUUCUAUUUCUAGGCAAAUGAACAAGUUGCUUGCCUAUCUUUGUGUAUUUAUUUUAUUUUUUUAAUCUUUGUGUCCUCAUUUGGUCUAUAUGUAUCUACUGACCUGCAUUUCCUCCAUCUGUAAUCAAUUUAUUUUUGAUUAAUUGAAAUAAUUAAGCAUUGUCAAA